CGGAGAGACCAUCGAGCUUUCAUCUCUGGUGCGCACGGGGCAUUCCAUUGCGCUCUGAACAAGGGGCAAGGACACAAGUGGAGAAAGCCUAUUUCGAGCUAAUUUCAUAUAGUGUAGGCCUAAAAACUAGACAAUUCGGCGUAGAAAGUGUUUUUUUACGGAGUAUAUUGCACAUGUACUUUGUUUAGCAGCGCCUUCUAAAAAUGUUGGACCAUUUUGCGAAUGUCUUCCAUUUCAGGGCCGGUGGUGGUACUGCUGACGGUACUCCAGUGGGCAGGACGAGGCCUCCCUUCUCCUGUCAGGCCCAUCUGUGACCCCCGCGUCCUGGAUCGCUUCAUCAUGGAGGCCCGCGACACAGAGACCGCUCUGCGAGGUUGCAAGGCAGGGUGUGGAGUGACAGGCACAUUUGUGGUUCCUCUGACAAAUGUUGACUUUGUAGUCUGGGAGAAAAAGGAUACUGGGGAGCAGGCUCUGGAGGUCCAGUCGGGGAUGUCUCUGUUCGGCCAGGCCCUGGGUGCUGUGAGGGAGUCAGUGAGCCGUGUUGCCGUGCAGAUCCUCAUCGACAACAACAAGAGCAACAUCCACAGCCUGGGCCAAGUGCUGCGCAGCCUCCACAUCCAGGACCUGCCCCUUCCUCCAGCACCAGCAGUAGGUGACUUAGUGACUAGGAAGGUGUCAUCCUUAUCUGAGCUGCUCCAUGUCCACACCAACUUCCUACGAGGGAAGGUUCGCCUGCUGCUCACCAACGCACCUGCCUGUCAACAGAACAGUACUUGAUUGGAGCUUUCCUCAAAGGCAGAAGAGGCUGUGAUUGGACCAUUGUUUAGAGAGAGGAUGAGGUGAUUGGACUUUUGCUGAAACCUCUGAAUGGCUUACCAAGUAUGGAAUGUGUAGACAAGGUGAUUGCUGACCGGACAAAAACUGGUGGAUAAGUAAGUUCCCUGUGGGUGGAGUUGGUGAGAACAUGAAUGAGUGAGAGAGAGAAAAACGGAAGUUCUACCUAGCAGUACUGCCAAAGAGCUCUAAUGCAUGCAGUGGAAUAAGCUACAGAUAGAACACAUCAUAGAAGAUCAUAUAUAAAGUCCUAAAUUCAAGAAUUUUAUAUUAUGUUCUAUUUAUACAGUUUGCAUUAAACUUGUCUUAAACGUGUUUUUAUAUAAAUCUCUAUUUUCAUAUAUGAGUGUGUCCCUUUUAGUCUUUGAACCAUAGGUUUCUCAUUGAUGCUAAGGUUUAACAUACUGAAGUCAGUGUUUGUGUGUUCAUGUAAUAUGCUUGCUCAGUGCUGUUAUAAUUCAGACCACAGGUACACUUUGCUGCAGGACAAUAUAUUGAUCACUUCUCACUGUGUGCUCUCUGCACUCUGUCUGUCUGUACCCCUCCCUCCCUCCCUCCAUGCCCCCUCUCUCUCCCUUUCUCUGGCUCACCCUGUCUUUGGGGUCAGAGCAGACAUUGUAUUUCACCACCAGGCAGCACAUACAGCUCUCCGGCCUGGCAGGCAGAGAAUUGAAGAUGAGAAUGAGUUCAGUUCCUGGAUAGUUCUGCACUCUGUUGCCCUCUGCUGGAUAGACCGUGACAUCAUUGCCCUACUUAYACCUCGCAUACACAAAGAACAGCUCUAUGGCUA